AUCCUUGAAGCUUAGUUAGGGUUUUGGUGCUGCUCCUCCAUCUACAGUCGAAGAACCAGUUGUCUCUGCAAACAUGGGGAAGACACGAGGUAUGGGAGCUGGGCGCAAGCUGAAGUCCCACCGUAGAAGGCAAAGGUGGGCUGACAAAUCUUAUAAGAAGUCUCACCUUGGCAAUGAAUGGAAGAAGCCAUUUGCUGGGUCUUCUCAUGCCAAGGGCAUUGUGUUGGAAAAGAUAGGUAUUGAGGCUAAGCAGCCCAAUUCUGCCAUUAGAAAAUGUGCCAGGGUCCAACUCAUCAAGAACGGGAAAAAGAUUGCUGCAUUCGUACCCAACGAUGGGUGCCUGAAUUAUAUAGAAGAAAAUGAUGAAGUGUUGAUUGCUGGAUUUGGACGUAAAGGACAUGCGGUCGGAGAUAUUCCUGGUGUUCGAUUCAAGGUUGUGAAGGUCUCUGGGGUGUCUCUCCUUGCUCUUUUCAAGGAGAAGAAGGAGAAGCCUAGGUCUUAAGUUUGCUUGGUAGAGCUUGUCAGCUUAUUUCAGAUCUUGAUUAUUCGUUGUUAUGGACUAUUAUGUAGUUAUUGGCUCCCUACUUGCAGUCUGAUUUUUGACAUCGUUUGGCUUUUUAGAAUUCCUUCCAUUUUGCUCUGAAAUAUUAAUAUAUCAACACCCAUGUCGAGCUUUAAUUGAAUUCAUUCUGCA